UUAAAAUGGCGGCGUUGAGCAGCGCCGAGUCCCCACCGCCCGUCUUUAACGGAGACACCGUGGAGCGGGAGCCGGGCAGGGAGCGGGGCCUGGAGGAGCUGGGUGCCGGGCUGGACUCCUCCUGCACGUCGGGGAUCCCCGGAGGUCCGCAGGAUGAGGAGAUCUGGAAUAUCAAACAGAUGAUUAAGUUGACACAAGAACACUUAGAGGCCCUUCUGGACAAGUUUGGAGGAGAACACAAUCCUCCUUCCAUAUAUCUAGAGGCCUAUGAGGAGUACACCAGUAAACUGGACGCCCUGCAGCAGAGGGAGCAGCAGCUGCUGGAGGCCAUGGGCAACGGUACAGACUUCUCCUGCUCUCCUUCUCCUGUGCCAGCCCUUCUGGAGGUCAAGAUGGGAGGUUGUGGGGUUGGGGGUGGGGCCCAGGCCUUUCCAUCUGCCCCCAACACCUUGGCUGUCCUGCAGACCCCUACUGACGCCAGCCGAGCCAACCCUCGCUCCCCCCAGAAGCCCAUCGUCAGGGUCUUCCUGCCCAACAAACAGAGAACAGUGGUCCCGGCCCGCUGUGGGAUGACUGUGAGAGACUCGCUGAAGAAAGCUCUGAUGAUGCGAGGCCUCAUUCCAGAGUGCUGUGCAGUGUACAGGAUACAAGAUGGAGAGAAGAAACCGAUUGGGUGGGACACAGACAUCUCCUGGCUGACAGGAGAGGAGUUACAUGUAGAAGUGUUGGAGAAUGUUCCACUCACCACACACAACUUUGUGAGGAAGACCUUCUUCACUCUGGCCUUCUGUGACUUCUGCAGAAAGCUGCUGUUCCAGGGUUUCCGCUGCCAGACCUGUGGCUACAAGUUCCACCAGCGCUGCAGCACCGAGGUUCCUCUCAUGUGUGUCAACUACGACCAACUAGACUUGUUGCUAGUGUCCAAGUUCUUCGAGCAUCACCCGUUUACCCAGGAGGAGGUCUCCUCAGAGGGAACCACCCCCGUGUCUGAGGCCUGUCCAUCACUCCCCCCAUCUGACUCCACCGGGUCUAUAUGCCACACCACUGUGUCCCCGUCCAAGUCCAUACCCAUCCCGCCCAGUUUCCGGCCCAAUGAGGAGGACCACCGCAACCAGUUUGGCCAGCGGGACCGUUCGUCCUCCGCUCCCAACGUCCAUAUCAAUACCAUCGAGCCUGUCAACAUCGAUGACCUGAUUCGAGAUCAGGGCUUGCCAAGGUCAGAUGGAGCCCCCCCGACCCACCCCGCCCGCUGCUUGAGGAAGCACCGAACACGGACCUCAAGCCCCCUCCUAUACUCCUACCCCAAUGACAUAGUGUUUGAUUUUGAGCCCGAGCCUGUUUUCCGAGGCUCCACCACAGGGCUGUCGGCCACGCCUCCCGCCUCUUUACCUGGCUCUCUGACCAAUGUCAAGGUUCCACAGAAAUCGCCGUGCCCGCAGAGGGAGCGCAAGUCGUCGUCCUCGUCUGAGGACCGCAAUAAGAUGAAAACCCUGGGGAGAAGGGACUCCAGUGACGACUGGGAAAUCCCUGAGGGUCAGAUCACUCUGGGUCAGAGGAUAGGCUCUGGAUCCUUUGGAACUGUCUUCAAGGGAAAGUGGCAUGGGGACGUGGCGGUGAAGAUGUUGAAUGUCACUGCUCCCACACCACAGCAGCUUCAGGCCUUCAAGAAUGAAGUGGGAGUCCUCAGGAAAACGCGUCAUGUGAACAUCCUGCUGUUCAUGGGCUACACCACCAAGCCUCAGCUGGCCAUCGUGACCCAGUGGUGUGAAGGCUCCAGUCUGUACCACCACCUGCACAUCAUCGAGACCAAGUUUGAGAUGAUCAAGCUGAUCGACAUCGCCCGGCAGACCGCUCAGGGCAUGGAUUACCUGCACGCCAAAUCAAUCAUCCACAGAGAUCUGAAGAGCAACAAUAUUUUCCUCCACGAGGAUCUGACAGUGAAAAUUGGGGACUUUGGUCUGGCUACAGUCAAGUCCCGCUGGAGUGGCUCCCACCAGUUUGAACAGCUGUCUGGCUCUAUACUGUGGAUGGCUCCAGAGGUGAUCCGGCUGCAGGACAAGAAUCCCUACAGCUUUCAGUCGGACGUCUACGCGUUUGGCAUCGUGCUGUACGAGCUCAUGUCAGGAGCACUGCCCUACUCCAACAUUAACAACAGAGACCAGAUCAUAUUUAUGGUAGGUCGAGGUUACCUGUCUCCUGACCUCAGCAAGGUGCGCAGCAACUGUCCAAAGGCCAUGAAGAGACUGAUGGCCGACUGCCUGAAGAAGAAGAGAGAGGAGCGGCCUCUCUUCCCUCAGAUCUUGGCGUCCAUCGAGCUGCUUGCUCGCUCAUUACCCAAAAUCCACCGCAGCGCCUCAGAGCCUUCGCUAAACCGAGCCGGCUUUCAGACGGAGGACUUCAGCUUGUACGCCUGCGCCUCACCCAAAACCCCCAUCCAGGCCGGGGGCUAUGGGGAAUUUUCGGCAUUUAAGUAAGUGCUGCAGAUCCCACCAGUCCAUCCCUCGUCACUUCUCAAAAGUCUCGUGUCCAUGCAGUGGAUUCAUUCAUUACUGAAAAAACUGAAAAAAUUGUCUCAAAGAAUGUGCUUUUUUCUUCCUCUGUCCACCUGAAGAAGGCAGCCUCACUGGAGUCCUUCCAACAAAAUGCUGUCCAGCAGGCAAACAGCCACAGCGACAGACAAAACUGAAUUAGGAAAAAUGAAAAUUAAAAAAAAAGAAAAAAAAAAAAAAAGAAA